CAGCCCCGCUCCGCCAUGGCCCCGGCCGCGGCCCCGGUCCCCCCCCGGUGCCGCCGCUCCCGGUGCCGGUGCCGGGCGCUGCUCCCGGUGCUGCUCCCGUUGCUUUUGCCGCCCGUCGCCGCCUUCAACCUGGAGGCGUCGAGGCCCGUCGCCUUCCGAGGGGCUCCCGGUUCCCUUUUCGGCUUCGCUUUGGAUUUUUACCUGCCCCGGCCCCGGAGUGUCAGCAUCCUGGUGGGUGCCCCCAAGGCCAACACCAGCCAGCCCAACGUCACCCAGGGGGGGGGCCGUCUACCACUGCCCGUGGCCCCCCGGCGCUGACUGCACCCCCAUUGACUUCGACCACAU